UUUCUCUGUUUUCCCUCUCUUUAAUCACAUUCUCCUCCUUUUUACCCAUUCCUAGGGUUUCAUUUCAUCAUUUGGUACAAGCAAACACCAAGUGCUGCACAAUCGAGUCACUGACUCAGUGAGUGAGUGAGAGAAAAAACAGGGAGGAUAAUGGGUUCGAUACCCGACCCGGGCGAGCCAGCUCAGUAUAACUCGCCUAGUUUUGAGGAUUUCCAGAAACAGACGUCGUUGAUGACGUCAUGUACUCUGCUAUGGAAGGAGCUCUCAGAUCACUUCAACACCCUUGAAGAAGACAUUCGUCGCAAAUCCGAGGCAUUGAAGAGGAAAAUUCGAACCCUAGAUGAUCAAACCAAGCAAUCUCUUGAGGUGCUUAAGAAGAGGGAAGUUACCAUUGAAGGUUCUGUUGAGAUCGCAAUUGGUCGAGCUGAGGAAUCCAAGAAGGUCGCAUUGAGUCUCGGAGUUGAGGAGAGAGAAAAUGAGAAUAAUGUUUUGAUUGGGGAGGUUGAUGAUGGUGAAGGGUUGUUGAUGAAAUUGAAGGGCUUUUGUAUUUGGAUGGAUUAUGAUGGGUUUUGGCGGUUUGUUACUGUCAGGAAGAAGGAGCUUGAUUUGCUUCGAGCUAAGAUUCCUCUAGCUUUGGCUGAUUGUGUGGAUCCGCCUAAAUUCGUUCUCGAGGCAAUUUCCGAGGUUUUUCCGGUGGAUAAGAGGGCGGAGAAGAUUGAAAGAGUGAAUGAUUUGGGUUGGGCUUGUGUUCUCUUGUUGGAAUCUCUUAUACCUGUUGUGGUUGAUCCCGUGGUCGGGAAAGAUCGUUUAAUUGUGACUCCUAGUGUGAAGAAGAAGGCGGAGGGUAUUGCCGAGACUUGGAAGCGUAGCUUGGAGGAGCGCGGCGGGAUCGAGAAUGUUAAGACCCCUGAUGUGCAUACAUUUCUGCAGCAUUUGGUUACUUUUGGUAUUGUAAAGAAGCAGGAUGUUGGUCUGUAUCGUAAGCUUGUUGUUGGGUCUGCUUGGAGGAAGCAGAUGCCUAAGCUUGCUGUUUCUCUUGGCUUAGGUGAUAACAUGCCUGAGAUGAUUGAAGAAUUAAUAAGCAGGGGACAACAAGUUGAUGCUGUUCAUUUUACCUUUGUAGUUGGCCUUGUAGAUAAGUUUCCACCUGUCCCAUUACUGAAGUCAUUCCUCAAAGAUGCAAAAAAAGCUGCUGCUGCAAUUUUAGAGGACCCAAAUCAUGGUGGACGUGCUGCGCAACUAGCUAAUCGGAAAGACCAGUCUGCUCUCCGUGCAGUACUCAAGUGCAUCGAAGAAUACAAGCUGGAAGAUGAAUUCCCCCCAGAGAACCUCAAGAAGAGGCUUGAGCAGUUGGAGAAGUUCAAAACUGACAAGAAGAAAACUGCAUCAGUACCUGCAAAUAAGAGAACCAGGGUCUGCAACAAUGGUUAUAUGCCUCCAGCCAAAGCUGGUCGUUCAACAAAUGCUUAUGUAUCAUCAUUUCCACCUGCUCCUGCAUAUGUCAGGUCUCCUUCGCACCCCCAGUACCCAGCUGGGGUUGCACCUUAUCCUUAUGAUAGACCUGCACCUGCGAUGUAUGGAAGCAACAGCCCUCCAUAUCCUUACUCUUCAGAGGCUGCCCCUCCCCCUACUAUGGCUGGUCCAUACUCUGGAGCACCUAUUAGUUACCCAGCAUAUGGCUACAGCAACGGGAUGGCACCAUCAUAUCCACAGGUUUACUACUGAUAGGUGACUGGUCUUCGUUAACCAUGAGACUGGUAUGGUAACCACAAUGACCACCUGAUAUUAAGAAUGGUUUGUCUGUAAUCACUAACCUUAUAAUGGUAGCGAUGUGUGUUUAUUACGAAAUAUUUUGUAUUUUCUAAUGUUAAUCAAACUGAUAGCUCUAGGUGUUGUGAAAAAGUAACUAGGAUGAAGUUUUAAUGUUAUCCAAGGGUGUAGGUGAACCCUGAAUUUAGUAGAUAGAUUACUCUGCUGAUGCUUGUGUCUUGUGAGGUAAAUCGCAAUCUUGGAAAAUAUGGUCAUGCAGGUACGUUUUCUUGUA